AUGGUCUCCCAAGUACCUCACGAUAUAUUGAAUCAGACGUUUCCGAAUUUUGUCAAUUUCAUGGAUGAUGAAAUCAAUUUCAGUGUGGCAAAUCCGGAUGCUGUAAUAUAUUCUAUUAUCUCGGAUCCCACGCCUGUCCUUGGCGUAGAGGUUGCGUUCAACGAAAGCGGCAUUGACCUAGAGCAGAGAGCCAAGGACCUUCUCUUUAAAACUCCGCUCAAAGCAGUACUGCUGGUCAAUAUCAAAGAGAAAACCGAGUACGAAAACCCUUUCAGGCGGCAAAAGAAUGUUGACCUCUAUCGGGCAAGACUCCAACAAGACGGCCCUACAAACGAACCUAAGUGUGACGAGAGUGACGCGGACGAGCCCGAAGGAGCAGUAUAUUGUUAUGGAAUACGCUGGGUCGAUGCGUUGACAGGUGCAGUCCAAAUUUGGACGAGGGACCCCGAAACCGGGGAUCCAAUUCCAAGGACAAAAAAGACCUACUUUUAUGGCCGACCGGAGCUCAUACUAGAGCAAUGGGAAAAGACCCAAGCAGAGAAAGAAAAGCAGGGGCUAAAAAGCUCUCCGAAAGGAAGAGGGAAGCGAACGCCAAAAAAGAUCGAAGGUAAAGCCAGGGAGGACAACGAGGAGCAGGAGGAAGAAGAGUCUGGACCAGUCAUUGAAAGAUACCCGGAGCUUAAUCUCACGAUGGCAGAUUUGAUUGGCACCGAAAACCUUCGCGACCAAAAAGCACUGACCCUGCGCUGGGAUGAAGUCCGCAGACUCCUCAGGGUGGGUUGUAUCCUUACUGCUCGUCAACGCCUCCGGAGAGCUGUGAAACAUUUACCAGAAAAUAAGAAAGCAUGA